CUAUAGCGCCCAGGGCGCGGGCUGCCGCAGGCCCAGAGGAGCACGGGAAAACAUGGUGGUUCCCGUUACCGCUGGGAAAUGUAGUUCUCCCUGGGCUCCCGGCCGUCGGCGGGUCGUGUAGCGGACUAAGCUAGCCCAGCUGCCUGACUUGAGAAAUUCGGCUCUGGAGCCCAAGGAGUUCUCGGGAGUCUCGCGGAGCAUCCUGGGAAAGGUAGUUCUCGCGGCUCUUAGAGAGAAUGGAGUCAGGCGGGAAAGAGCCGCUGAGAGAACUACACACAGGAGGCGGGGUCCAGGGCGAGGGUGGACGCGGCCCACGGUGGCGAAGAAGGCUUUAGUGGCAGCAUGAAGCGCGCCCAGACCGCGGAGGAACGAGAGCGUGAAGCUAAGAAACUGAGGCUCCUCGAGGAGCUUGAAGACACUUGGCUUCCUUAUCUGACCCCCAAAGAUGAUGAGUUCUAUCAGCAGUGGCAGCUGAAAUACCCUAAACUGGUCCUCCGGGAAGCAGGCAGUAUAUCCGAAGAGCUGCAUAAAGAGGUCCCCGAGGCCUUCCUCACGCUGCAUAAGCAUGGCUGCUUGUUCCGGGACCUGGUUAGGAUCCAAGGCAAAGAUGUGCUCACCCCAAUGUCUCGCAUCCUCAUCGGGGACCCGGGCUGCACCUACAAGUACCUGAACACCAGACUCUUCACCGUGCCCUGGCCAGUGCCGGGCUGCACCAUCAACUACACAGAUGCCGAGAUCGCUGCCGCAUGUCAGACCUUCCUCAAGCUCAAUGACUACCUGCAGGGUGAGACCGUCCAGGCCUUGGAAGAACUGGCUGUCAAAGAGAAGGCCAACGAAGACGCUGUGCCAUUGUGCAUGGCAGAGUUCCCCAGGGUUGGCAUGGGGUCAUCCUGUGAUGAUGAAGUGGACAUUAAGAGCAGAGCAGCCUACAACGUGACUUUGCUGAACUUCAUGGAUCCGCAGAAAAUGCCGUAUCUGAAAGAGGAGCCUUAUUUUGGCAUGGGGAAAAUGGCGGUGAGCUGGCAUCAUGAUGAGAACCUGGUGGACAGGUCUGCUGUGGCGGUGUACAGCUAUAGCUGUGAAGGCUCUGAAGACGAAAGUGAGGAUGAGUCCAGCUUCGAGGGAAGAGAUCCUGAUACUUGGCAUGUUGGUUUCAAGAUCUCCUGGGAUAUCGAGACACCAGGCUUGGCAAUACCUCUUCACCAGGGAGACUGCUAUUUCAUGCUGGAUGAUCUCAAUGCCACCCACCAGCACUGUGUUUUGGCUGGCUCACAGCCUCGGUUUAGUUCCACCCACCGCGUGGCAGAGUGCUCCGCGGGCACCCUGGAUUAUAUUCUACAACGCUGCCAGUUGGCACUGCAGAAUGUCCUUAAUGACGCGGACAACGGCGACGUCUCUCUGAAGUCCUUGGAACCUGCAGUUUUGAAACAAGGAGAAGACAUCCACAAUGAGGUCGAGUUUGAGUGGCUGAGGCAGUUCUGGUUCCAAGGAGAUCGAAACAAACUUUGCACUGAUUGGUGGUGUGAACCCAUGACUCAGUUGGAGGAGCUGUGGAAGAAGAUGGAGAGCGUGACAAAUGCUGUGCUUCGUGAAGUUAAAGGAGAGGGCCUCCCUGUGGAACAAAGGAGUGAAAUUCUGGCUGCCAUCCUGGCCCCACUCACCCUGCGCCAGAACCUGAGGAAAGAAUGGCAUGCCAGGUGCCAGUCCCGAGUGGUCCGGACUUUAUCAGCUCACCAGAAACCAGACUGCCGGCCCUACUGGGAGAAGGAUGACCCUUCCAUGCCUCUGCCCUUUGACCUCACGGAAGUGGUUGCGGAGAUCAGAAGCCAGCUUCUGGAAGCGAAACCCUAGAGGAAGCACAAGUCUUAAGUGGAGAGGGAGAAGCUAUCCUUGGCUUUCCUCCCCGAACCUUGCACAAGGGUAGUGUAGACGCCACUUGACCCGUAGGUUAUAGGACCUGGGUUCUGAUUCAAAACAGCUAGACAAUAAAGCCCACAGAUACUGAAAUGUUGAAAAAUCA